CUGCUGAAUUGCAUCAAUUUUUAAUGAUGUAUAAGUUAGAGAAUGAAAUAAAUACUGGUACCAAGGAUUUCCCUGGUGAGAUGUUGAAACCAGAGAAUAUACAGGUAACCUUGCCUGAUAAUAUUUACAAAUUAUUAGUCGAAUAUUAUAAUAAUUGUUAUCAAUCAACUUUUGUUCCUAUUGGCGAAAUCGGACCAUCUACAACUGUUCGUCCACUUAUAAAUCAAUUUGGGCGUAUUCGGAUUGGAUCCGAAAUAUUCGGAUCAAGUAUGGCUCCAAGAUAUCAAAAAA